GCGGGAGCCGGUGCGGAGGUCGGUAAGCGGCGGCUCCUCGCGCUUUCCUUUGAGGAGCUGCCCUAUAAACCCCCAAACCUGGUGGGCAGCCUCAUCUGCGCCCGGCAUGUCUGCCCUGGAUCUUGUGUUCUCCUAUCCUUCAAGAUAAUGCUUUGGGUUUCUCCGGGCAGCCAAGUUGGAUCAGGUUUGGUUUGGGAGUGAGCAUUGCCUUCCCGGGGAGGCCAUGGCUAAGAGCAACGUGGGGAUCAACAGUGAAUAUGGCGACUGGUCCUGGAGUGGGGACGCUGGCGAGCGGGCCAGGCUGCUGCAGAGCCCCUGCGUGGAGAUGGGAGCCCGGAGCACCGAGGAACGUGGGCCUGCAGCCACCUCGACCCUUGGCGCGAUCUUCAUUGUGGUGAACGCUGCCCUUGGGGCUGGGCUCCUCAACUUCCCAGCAGCCUUCAGCAUGGCAGGCGGCGUGGCAGCUGGCAUUGUUGUGCAGAUGUGUAUGCUGUUCUUCAUCAUCGGAGGCCUGGUAAUCCUGGCCUACUGCUCCCAGGCCAGCAACGAGUCCACAUACCAGGAAGUGGUGUGGGCCGUGUGCGGGAAGGUCACGGGGAUCCUGUGCGAGGUGGCCAUUGCCGUCUACACGUUCGGCACCUGCAUUGCCUUCUUAAUCAUCAUUGGGGAUCAGCAGGACAAGAUCAUUGCUGCAUUGUUGACGGAACCCAUGGGAGCAGAGAGCAGCCACUGGUACACUGACCGCAAGUUCACCAUCAGCAUCACAGCCUGUCUGCUCAUCCUUCCCCUUUCAGUUCCUAAGGAGAUUGGAUUCCAGAAAUACGCCAGCUGCUUGAGCGUGGUCGGGACCUGGUAUGUCACUGCAGUGAUUGUCGUCAAAUACAUCUGGCCUGAUCGGGAGGUCGUCCCAGGAGAAAUCCCAACCAGCCCCGCCUCCUGGAUGUCUGUGUUCAACGCUAUGCCCACCAUUUGCUUUGGCUUCCAGUGCCAUGUCAGCAGUGUGCCCGUCUUCAACAGCAUGAAACAGCCAGAAUUGAAGCCCUGGGGAGCUGUAGUGACGGCCGCCAUGAUCAUUGCCCUCGUUGUCUACACAGGCACAGGAGUCUGUGGUUUCCUCACCUUUGGUUCUGGCGUGGAACAGGAUGUGCUCCUGUCCUAUCCCUCCAAUGACAUCCCAGUUGCCCUGGCGCGAGCCUUCAUCAUUGUGUGUGUUCUGACAUCCUACCCUAUUCUGCACUUCUGCGGCAGGGCUGUCCUGGAAGGUCUUUGGCUGCGCUACAAGGGGGAGACUGUGGAAGAAGAUGUGGUGCGGGAAAGACGCCGCCGCUUACUCCAAACAGUUAGCUGGUUUCUUCUCACUCUCCUCCUCGCCUUGUUCAUUCCUGAUAUCGGCAGAGUCAUCUCUCUCAUUGGGGGACUGGCUGCCUGCUUCAUCUUUGUCUUCCCAGGGCUCUGCCUUAUCCACACCAAGCUCUCUGAAAUUCAAGAAGCCAGACCAGCGAGCUGGUGGGCCUUGGUCAGCUAUGGAAUUUUCAUGGUUACUCUUGGAGCAUUUAUCUUUGGACAAACUACAGCCCAUGCUGUCUUUGUGGAUCUCACAAAGUGACCUCUUCGACGGUACCAUCAGAAGAUGUAUCUGCUCCCUGAAUGAAUCUUAAGAAAAUAAUUGGGAUCUCUGAGAUUUCAAUGAAGGAGGAUUUUUCCUUCCACUUCUCGUCCUGAAAUGGAACAGGGCUGGUGUAAGAUUUUACACUUUUGAUUUCAUGGCUGAUUUAGUUGUUUUUCUACGAACUUGCCCAGGUCUAUUCACUAAACUUUUUAAGGAUCUCUUCCUUUUAAAGAACUCUUUUGUUUUGCCUUACCUUACACAUACUUGUGUAAGAGAAUCCAAGAUGGUCACUACACAACCGCUCGACUGUAUUUAUUCAGCCAACAGGCUCAUAUUUUGUAGCAUUACCAAGGCUGUUACAAAGCUUGUGUAUUUGAUUGUGAAAUUAUUACGGAGGGGACAAUGAAUUUUAUCAUGUAAAGAGAACUGGCAACUGUGCACUGUAGCUUAUUUGCUGGAAGGAGUAAGUCAGUCGGGAUGGGGGAGGGGAGGGGAGAAAGGUUAGUAAUCUUGUUAAAAUGUUAAGCUUUCUUUUACCUUCUGUAUAUGAAAAAGAAGGUUCUUGAAAAGAGUCCUUGGAAGAUAAAAGGGAAAUCUGAAUUUAUUUAAGGGCAUUUCUUUGGACUAGGAUUGAUACAGCUACGUUUCUUCUUUACUAUGAUUGGCUUUCUUCCCAGUCACUCUUGAGGUGUGCAAAAUCCAGGUCAUCUGGGGGUUUCAGAAGGCAAUCAACAGGUUUGCCCAGGGAAGUGAAACGAAAUGGGCCUUUUUAUUGUGCAAGUCAGCUUUUGUGGAUUUUUUGUGUGGCGGUGGGGUGAGGAUUGGGAAAAACACUACUGCAGGCUCAGAGGAUGGUGGCUGUGGUGGUGCUGUAUCCCAAGCUAUGCCUGUUAAUCAGCUCUGCUAAUCUUUGAAGUCUCUCUCCUUUACUGGACUGGUUCUUUCUGCUGUAUUUCAGUUCCAUUGUAACCCGGUUGCUCAUGGGCAUAUUUCUAAACCGAGAUUAUUUGAGCCAGCUGCUUUUAACUAGGACGAAAUUCCAGUUACUUUUCAGAGCUGAUGAGCCAUUCUUGACUAAAGUCCAGGCUGGUUCCAGGACUCCCACGUCUACGUGUCCACACAGUCUGUUUGGUAGGACAUACAGGAAAUGUUGCUGCUGUCUAGCUGAGGUGCUCUCAAUAUUUCAAAUUUUUAAUUUUAACGAUUCAGGUGUGGGUUUUUUUUUGCUUGUUCAAAAGAAGUGAGCUGUUUUAGAGGG